GCCUCGGUGCUUCCUAGGCUGCUAAACUGGUCUCCCUACUCGCCUCGACGGCGUUGACCUCAGCCUAGCUUCGCCAUGCACUCUCUACUCCUCAGGCCGCUCCCGAGCCCGGCCACGAGCGGGAGCCUGGCCGGCAGGGCCUCCCGGCCGGCUCCGAGGCGGCCAGGUGCGCUAGUGUGGGCCGGCGACCGGAGAUGCCGGCGCGGCGGCGUUGCGGCGGCGUGGAUGGAGGAGGCGGGGACGGCGGUGCUGGAGGAGGCGGCGCGGCGGAACCCGGCGCUAUCGGAGUCGUACCGGCCGGCGGGGCUGCCCCGGCCCAACGGCACGGUGCUGGAGGCGCAGGGGCGGGUGUGCACCGGGCCCGAGCAGACGCGCCCGCUCGGGGAGGAGCAGGCCAUGCGCGUCCUCGACACCAUCCUCCGCUCCGCGACGGGAGAACUCAAAGAGGAGCCGGUGUCCAGUGCUCAGCUGGGUGCAUUCUUUGCUGGCAUGACAAUAAGAGCUAAUUGUUUCCCGGAGGCCACCCAGUGGAGCGAGGGUGAGCGGCGUGCCAUGAGCCUGUACUGGCCACGCCUUGUCCAUGUCCUCCCUCCUGAGGUGAAGUUUAUAGCAGACCCCGAAGGGACGAUCAUGGGAGCAAACGGUUUGACAGGGCCUCGGUAUAUCGGUCAAGGAACUGCGGAGAUGAGACUCGUUGGUGCUUUGAGGGAAGUGCUUGCUGGUGGCCACUUAGGUUACGAGGAAGUUCAAUGUGUACUAAAGGAUGUUCUACCAGUUGGGUCGGCGAGUGUAGACUCAACAGCAGUUAGUGAAGCACUGCUAGCAGCAUUUUUGAUUGGGCAGCGGAUGAAUAGGGAAACCGAUCGUGAGCUCAAAGGAUACUGUCUAGCCUUCGAUGAUGAACUAGGUCCUCCCCCAGUUGCUGAUGUUGAUUCUUUGACACACUAUGGUGAGCCCUAUGAUGGGAAUACACGCUUUUUUAGGAGUACUCUGUUCGUUGCAGCUGUUAGAGCCUGCUAUGGUGAGACUUGCCUCCUCCAUGGCGUUGAAUGGAUGCCACCUAAGGGUGGCAUAACAGAAGGGCAGAUGCUGAAAUUCAUGGGUGCAAACACACACUUGUCUCCUACACAGGCCAAACGACUAUUAGAGGAUGAGAAUACUGGUUUUGCAUAUCUACAUCUCCAAGAAGCUUGCCCGUCAUUGUAUUCUAUUAUCGGGCUUAGGGAGCAUAUUAAGAAAAGACCACCCUUGGCUACCUCUGAGAAAGUUCAACAAUUUGUGAGAGCGCGAGGAAGAGAAUCAAUGGUUGCUGGGUUUUAUCAUGUGGGCUAUGAAGAUCCAUUGCUUAUGCUUAUGAGGAGGAGAACUGUUCAUGCUGGAUUAGUUGUUAAGGGUGAGGAGGGUGCACUUUCUUUGACAACCAAGGAAAGGUCGGCUAAUGCAUCAAAAGGGCUUCCAGUGAACCAUUGCUCAGGGUUCCGGACACCAAACAGCGCAAAUUUCUCCGAGACUGAUGGUAUUUCUAGAGAAAGCUUCAGUGUUGCUGUGAAUGCUCAGGAACUUGGUUUCAAAUCCACUGAAACUCCAAGAACUGAUAAAUCAGUCCUGAAAAACUUGGAGCUUGGUUUGUCGGCACUGGGUGGGGACAAAGGGCCUGCUUACGACCGAAUUGUUCUUAACGCAGCUAUGGCUGACCACUUGUUAGGCUGCAGCGGAGCUCAGGAUAUCAACUCCGCGCUCGACAGAGCAAGGGAAGCCAUUGACAGUGGUAAUGCUCUGAGAAGGCUUAUGAAUUACAUAAAGAUCUCGCACAAGGUGUCCUAGCUAGUUGCGACCAAGUGCUGACCGUACAAUUUUGGUCCCAAACAUACUUUUCCCUUUUCAACUGGGAAAUCUCCUUGUCACUGAAUUUUUUUGUGACCCCUCAUCGUGCCACUGGAAGAUGGGUCGAGGCCCCACAUGUCAUUGACGCAGGCGAUGAGAAGGCAAAAGGGAGGCCCUUUCAAGCUGCUCAGUUAACACGGAUAAGAGCCCAUGUGUGAAUGCUCUCUUACAAGGCCUUGUCAAUAAAUUAGAUUUUAGCUGAAACGAACCACAGCUUGUUGAGGAUUUUAGUUUUGAGAGGAGGUGAUGCUGUGUAUAACACAUCCAAACUAUGUUCUUGAGAUGUAUGAUCCAUAGCUGGUGUGAUUGUGUGAAAUACUGAAUACUCGCAGCAACACUUGUGUUACGAAGCUAGGUCAUGAAUUAGCAUAUUAUCAUUGCGGCUGCUAAAA